AUGAACAACAACAUUCCUUUCCGAGGCGAUCCUUCUCCUUCAAGGAUUUCCAGUACUACUACAUCCAAUACAUAUCAUAAAGUUCCCGAGACACUUGGAGCACAUAGAUCUGCUAGAGAGCCUCUGCCAUCAACGGACCAGGACCAGGACCAGAUAUAUGAGAUCGAUAGUGUUCCUUUACCGGCAGACGACCAACGAAUUGUUGUUGGCGUGGAUUUCGGGACAACUUAUUCUGGGGUAGCGUUUGUCUAUUCUGCCGCACCGGACAUUAUUGAUGUGAUCAAAUCAUGGCCUGGUGGCAAUGGCAUAACGUCCGAUAAAGUCCCUUCAGAGAUUGCAUACCUAUCAUCCAAGACAUCUCUGCAACAAAAAGUACAAUGGGGUUUCCAAUUCAAGCCUGAAGAGUCCCGACUCCGAUGCAUCAAGUUAUUCCUUGACCGUAACCAGCCACUUCCUUACUUUGUCUCUGCAAAGGAGGCUGCGGCUCAGCUCCGCCAAUAUGGCCGCAAUAUAAUGGACGCUGUGUCGGACUAUCUCACGCAAAUCUACAAGCACACCAUGGAUACUCUAGCCCGCCGCUACGGCAAAUCGUUCAUAUCCAUGACCAAUGUCGAGUUUGUUCUCACCGUUCCAGCUGUCUGGUCGGACGCCGCCAAAGACGCAACGCUGAAAGCGGCCGAGCGAGCAGGCAUGGGCGACAGCCAUAAUCUCAAAUUAAUCAGCGAGCCCGAGGCCGCAGCCGUGUAUACUCUUAAAUCGAUGCCAUAUAGUCACCUCCGCAUCGGGGACAAUUUUGUCGUCUGCGACGCUGGCGGCGGGACGGUCGAUUUGAUAUCGUAUAAGAUUACGGGUGUCUCGCCAAUGACACUGGAAGAAACAGCCGUAGGAACAGGUGGGCUGUGCGGGUCAACAUUCUUGAACUUUCGAUUCGAGAACCAUGUUCGAGCUAGGCUCGGUGAAAAGAGAUACAAAUACAUGCGGGAAAAGCAACCAAAGACUUGGCAAAUGGGACUAAAUUAUUUUGAAGAAUAUGUCAAGCGAAACUUCAACCAGGACGAGCAUCAAGAGGUCCAUGUACCGUUCCCAGGACUCUCUGACGAUGAAGAUGCAGGUCUUGAGAGCGGGUUUCUCAUCCUCACCACGGCACAGGUCAAGGCAAUCUUUGAGCCAGUUGUGGAAGAAGUUUGUAAACUGGUUGAGGGGCAAGUAGAGGGGAUCCGGGAAAAAGGAGAGUCCGUGCAGUGGAUUAUUCUCGUUGGUGGAUUUGGACAGUCAAAGUACUUGUAUGAUUACCUCAAAGCUCAUUUCAAUUCCGCCGCACCGCCACCGUAUACGGAACGACCGACUCACGCGCCUCAACAUCCUGAUGCAGUGGAAGUAUUGCAACCAAUGAAUGCCUGGACGGCGGUCGUUCGGGGUGCAGUGCUAAGAGGCUUGGAGGGAAGUCCGGUGGUGAGCCGUCGCAGUCGAUGGCAUUAUGGCACGAGUUACGCCACAGUGUAUAGUGAGGAAAAGCAUUCCCUGAGUGAUCGGUAUUGGAGUCCGUUGUGGGAGAGGUGGAUGGUGGGAGACCGGAUGCAGUGGCAUAUAGCAAAGGGCACUCCGAUCUCAGAACACGCUCCGCUCUCCUUCCACUACACACGCAAUUUUCGACCCGGUCAAUCUCGCGUCGUCAGCGAUAAGCUGAUUGCCUGUGCUGACGAGGUUCCGCCUGAUGUCUUUCGUCGAAGCAGCAGAAGCGUCAGCCGAGCCAACAGUCAUGCUUCAAGAGGACACCAGAGACAGAGCGGAAGCGUAGGAGGACUAAGCAGCUACAAUCAUGUUGGCCCGAGCAUCAAUCGCAGUCACAGCAGCAGCAGCGUUUAUAAGCCUCCAAGCAAAAGUAGACAGAUUAGUCACGAUCCGGGGAUAUUCAGAAACACCAGCGUUCGAAGUCUUGACAGCGUUGCCAGCGCGCCAGUAAUCCCUAACAACAAUAGGUUUAACAGCGCGGACAAUAACAUUAACAGAUUCGGCAAUGCCAAUGCCGGAGAUAGCGGGAUUGGUGAAAGUGAGAGUCCCGCACUUUCCGCCGCCACAGGAACUAGCAAUGAGAGUGGUAGUGGCAAUAGUGCCAACACAGGAAAGAUGAUCAACGUGUGUACACUGACCACCGAUCUGGCUGCAGUUCCACCUACAUUGUUUACACGCUUGACCACAUCCAAGGGUCUGGAGUUUGACAGUUUGGAUUUCUCGCUGGACAUGAGUAUACAGAGCGCAGGACUAGUGUUUCAGUUGAAGGUCGACGGCGUAGCGUAUGGAACCGUGACGACCGAGUUUUACUAG